UUCUCCACCAAUAAUAAUAAUUCACGUUUCCAGAAUCCUUGAGAAUAUAAAUUAGAGCAGACGGCACCGUCUUUUUCCACUCCCUCCUCUCCGAGUUCUCUCGCGCGGAAGCCAUGACUAGCUCCUCAGCUCAUCCACGCAAGGCUUUAAGCAAGAUCGCCUGUAAUAGGCUCCAGAAGGAGUUAGUGGAGUGGCAAGUUAAUCCACCCACUGGAUUCAAGCAUAAAGUGACUGAUAAUCUCCAAAGAUGGAUAAUCGACGUCAACGGAGCUCCUGGAACACUUUAUGCUAAUGAAACUUACCAGCUUCAGGUUGAUUUUCCUGAGCAUUAUCCUAUGGAGGCACCUCAGGUGAUUUUCAUUCCUACAGCACCUCUGCAUCCUCAUAUUUACAGCAAUGGGCAUAUUUGUUUAGUUAGCAACACCAUGGAUAGCAUGAACCAGAACAUUUGUGUCAUAUGUUUGAUGAAAAAAAUGUCAUUCAGCAGUUUUUCUGAUAUUCUGUAUGAUAGCUGGUCCCCAGCCAUGACUGUGAAUUCCAUCUGCAUCAGCAUUCUGUCCAUGUUAUCAAGCUCAACUGCAAAGCAAAGGCCGGCUGAUAACGACCAAUACGUUAAGAACUGUCGCAAUGGAAGGUCUCCCAAGGAGACGAGAUGGUGGUUCCAUGAUGAUAAAGUAUGAUGAUAAUAAACCUAUUAUCUAGAAUCUGU